GGGGGAAACGGACCAGGGGCCCUUGAUGCUGGGCCAGCUUGCCCAGGCCGCCGUGCUGGGGGUGGCCAACCUGGGCGGCGCGUGGCUGGGGAAGUGCCAGCCGCCACCGUGCCCAGCCUCGCCGGCCUGCCCGCCGGCGGGCGCUUGCACGUGCCCGCCAGCGCCGGCGGUCUCGUGCCCGCAGGUGAGCGUCACCUGCCCGGCGGUGCCGGCCGUUGAGGCCCGCGCCUGCCCCGAGGCGCCCGCGGCACCAGCGUGCCCGCCUCCGCCCGCGUGCCCGCCGAGCACGUGCCCGGCGGAGGCCGCCGAGGCGCUGGGCCGGCAGGACUGCUGGCCGGAGACGCGAGUGGCGCUGAGCUUCGCGUGCGGGCUCGGCGGCGUGGCGGUGCUGGUCGGCUUCGUCCUGGGAACGUGCUGCGCGAGCUGUCUGGUGAACUACGGGGCCGCGGAGUGGCACUGGAGAAUAGUGCUCGCCGGACUGGUGUCCUCGGACUCCCGGGCCCUCAUCCUGACGCCGGAUGGUGACAUGUACAUUGAGGACUUCAAUGACGCCGUCGCCGUGCGUUGGUUGGGCCCGAACAACGAGGUGCCAGAGGGCGUGCCGCGGAACCUGAUCUAUCACUUCGGUCAGUUCCCGUCGGCGUCGACGCUGCGCAGACUGAUGCAGGAGGGUGCCUACACCGCUGGGCUGGAGGAUCAGCGCCGCGGGUACGGCAUCGCCGUGUGGGGAGCUGGAGGUGCCGCUGGCGCCGCGGGCGGCGCUGUCGCCGGGCCGGCCGUGGCCCAGGCGGGUGGGGCUGGCCGCGUGGCGGCAGGAGCGCCCGCCUACGUGCCGGCCCAGCCUCCCGCGCCGGGGGCGCCUGGCGAGGGCGAGGACGACGGGCCGGGCCCGGCGGCGCUCCAGGGCCUCAUGGGGGUCGGCCGCGACUUCCGGCCGCCAGCGCGGCCGACGGUGCAGCCGGUGACGGUCCACACUGUGCGCUGGGUGGCGGCUGAGAGCGUUGAGUUCCCUGGAGGCAGCGUGGGCCGAGGAGAUGACGUGGCUUUCAACGGCUCGGAGAUGGUGUCGGGCCGAAAGGGGGUUAUCGUGCUGAUGGGGGUAUCCGUGCUGAUGGAGGACAUCGGCGACGCGGAUGUGGAGGCCUACAGGUCGAAGGAGGCCCACCACGACGCGAGGUUGCUGAAGUUGCAAAGGGACUCCCGAGGCGACCGACAUCGUCCCUGGCGCGACGUGGCCCGUGAUGUGAGCGCAGUGAAGCAGACGGACUGGCCCGUGCCGGGCCCACAGACGGCAGAGUGGUGCGCUAAGUUCCUCGACCGACGGAGUGAGGGGCCCGUGGGCUGGGAUCGGCGCUGGCGGGCCGACAACAGGCUGUCCAUGGACCAGUGGGGGGUGUCCGAGCACGAGACGCUGGCGAAGAUCCUCGAGCGCUUGGGGACCCACGACCAGUGCGACGUGGUGAACCUAGCGGCGGCGGAGGACAUCGUUCGGCGGAUGCAGCUCAUCGAGUACUUUUACUACGAGGUCCAUCGGCAGUCGGACUCCAGCAAGCAGCAGGACAAGAAGGGCGGCAAGGGUGCGCGCCUUGAGGAGAUGGCCGUCUUCUCGGGGAAGCAUCGUGAGUACGGCGAGGUGAUGGUGGCGCCCGAGCUGCUGACCUACGUCGCCUCCGAGCUAGAGCGGGACUCUGGCAUCAUGAAGCAAAUGAGGAAAGCCCGCGAGGAGCGCAGCUUGGGGAUGAUCCAGGCUGCGGUAGCUGAGCUCGGACGGCCGCCCGCCGACCUGACUCGCCAGGGAGCCCUCGCGGAGCUCCUGGCCAAGCGCAGCUACACCGGCGAGAAGGCGGCGGCGCGGGUGGCCGAGUCGGCCUUGAAGCGCCCAUACUACGAUCCUUCGCUGCAGGGGAGGCCGCGCCGGUAUGCGCGACUCCUUGCGGCCCUCGACGGCGCAGGCAUGCUCGAGUGGAGGCGGCGUGGAUCGCCCCGGGUAGGCCUGUUUACUGUUUGGAAAAAGAACGGCAAGCAAAGAUUGAUUGUCGACGCGCGUUUAUCCAACUUGUGUUUCGCCUCUCCUGAUCCGGUCGACCUGGCCACUGGCGGAUCGUUUGCGCCCCUCGAGGUUGACCCGGGGCCCCCAGUGUGCCUCGCCCAGGUCGACAUCCAGGAUGCCUUUUACCACCUCCUCCUCCCUCCUGAGCUCGUCCCCUUAUUCUGUCUCCGCCCUGUCACGGCCGGACUCGCUGGAAUCUCUGAGCUCGACGGCGCCGCUGUCUCUCCGACCCAGCUCGUGUACCCACACCUGCGUGUUGUGCCGAUGGGUUGGAACCAUGCUUUGUGGUGGUGCCAGCGAAUUCACGAAUUUCAUGCCUUUCGGCAGCCCGGCGUGUCCCUUUCGAACAAGCUCUCGGAUAAGAAGCCCGGGGUGCGUCUGGGCCGCUCGGGGUUUGCUCACGCGGAAUACGUGGACAACUUCGCGGCCAUCGGGCGUCAGGCCAGUGAGGUCGAUGCCGUGGCCGAUUCCGUUCUAGACGCCCUGACCACCGCGGGGCUCUGCAUGCAUCCUCGUGAGAGCUCGGUUGGCGGGUCCGUUUUGGGUUGGGAGUUUAGUGACGAGUGCCCUCAGGUUCGUGUGAGCCCUCGCCGAGUGUGGAGGCUCCGUCUCGGCAUAGAAGGGCUCCUAGAGAGGGGCUUCGCUACUGGUGGGGACCUCGAGGCCAUCAUUGGACAUUUCACGUUUGCCGCUCGAAUUCGGCCUGAGGCCCUGUGCGUGUUCUCCGCCGCGUAUGCCUUCAGUCAGCGGGGGGCCGACACUCGCCGUAGGCCAGGCGGGGCUGCGAAGCGGCGACCUGUGCAGGGCGAGCCGCUCACCCUGUCGCGAGCAGCGGCACUGUCCCAGGCUGGUCCGCGGCCGCGGCCGACCCAGAGGCAAGCCCGGGCGAAGGCAUCGGCGAGACCCGCCAAGCCUCGGCCCGAGGUGCUGGCCACGAGGGGGGGGCGUGCCGCUGUCCGGCAAGCGAAGUUCCCCGAGGACAAGCGCGUGACAGACGGCGAGGGCCUCUCGCUGCUCGAGAGGGAGAGCGUGGGCGACCACAAUCAGCGGGUCUACCAGUCGGUGCUCGUGGAGUUCAGGGGGUUCUCCAAGACCCUGGGCCUGCGCCUCAAGGCCGCUCAGGACUACGACGAGGCAGCCGUGGAGUGGGCCCACCACGCGUUCUUCGACGGCGGCGACGCCCAGGAGGGGACAAGGCUCAAGGCGGUGCUGCUGUACUACUACCCGCGUCUCCUGUCCGUCGCCGGACUGCCCCGGUUCAGCCGAGCGCUGAAGGGGUGGAGGCGACUGGUGCCGCCUCGGAGCCGGCUGCCGCUGCCAUGGGAGGUCGCCUGCGCGGUGGCAAACAAGCUCGUGGCGAACCAGGACCUGCACGCUGCCCGCCUCAUCAUCGCGAUGUUCGUGUUCUACCUGCGUCCCGUGGAGCUGAUGUCGCUGACCGGGCGGCAAGUGGUGCCGCCGGUGCGGGCGGCGGGUCACGAUGCGUGGUCGCUCGUGCUGUUCCCCAUGGAGGAGGAGACGCCCAGCAAGACCGGCGCCUUCAACGAGAGCGUGCUGGGCGACCUGCCGUUCUACCGCUUCAUCGGCGACGUGCUGAAGCUGCUCAAGGCCGGCGUCGACGACAAGGGUCUCGUGGCCCAGGUGCGGCACGUGCAGCUGGCACAGGCGUUCCGCACGGCGGGCCAGCAGCUGGGCCUCGAGGGCCCACCAGGAUGGGUCAACAACGGGCUGAUUGCUGCCAUCUGGCUGGGCACCCCUUGCCACAGCUGGAGCCGUGCACGGGACAUCCGACCAGGGCCUCCGCCCUUGCGGAGUGACCUGCACGUGAUGGGGUUGCCCGACUUAGCGCCUCGUGACGCUGAAAAGGUCAGAGUCGGCAACGCCCUGAUGAAGUUCUCAGCCUCGCUGUUUAUGCUGUGCCAAGCCGUGCGCUUGCCGGUAGCAAUCGAGAACCCUCACAU